UGAACCAGUGAAGACUGAUGUCAGAUAUCCAGGGGGACUGCCCCAGAUGUCCACGAGAUGUUGCAGAGGCAUGUCAGACAGUCCUACAACAUUCAGAGCCCUCAGGAAUUCCAAGUGGAUCUCAUCCACCCCCGGUGCUCUGCCACCAAGGAGUUUUCCAACCACCUUGGCUACCUCAGCCCGAGUAAUGGACGGUCCCUCGCUCGGAUCUCCAAGCUCUGCCUCCUCUAAAGAAGGAUCAUUGGUUGGAUUGAGAAGAUCCUUGAAGUAUUCGUUCCACUGUCCAACAAUGACGUCUCCGGUCAAGGAACUCUUUCACCUGAAGUCUUUGGAGGUGUCACUUGAUAUGGCUCACAAAAUUGAGAUGUCAACUCGGGAGCAGAGUUCUUGUGCUGACUGGCAUCUGCUCCGCAAGCCUAGAGUAACAGCGUCACGUUUUCGUGAGGUGUGCCAUGUCAGAGGGCAUAGCUCUGCAGAGUCCCUUGCUGAACGCAUCAUCAGAGGUACCAGACAGACGGCAGAAAUGAAGAGAGGUCUAGAGAUGGAGUCCGGAGCAGCAUCUGAGUAUUGCAGGAUACUCAAUGUAAAUUACACACCAUGUGGCCUCAUCAUCCACCCAGAUGCUCCCUGGCUUGGUGCAUCCCCUGAUGGUGUCGUAUUUGACCCCACUGAAUACCCCCAGUUUGGCUUGGUCGAGAUUAAAUGCCCUAAUGUGAAGAAUUACAUUGACUGUAAGUAUCUGUAUAUGGAGUACGGAUGUUCAAAACUAAAAAAGACACAUGCGUAUUACUGGCAGAUUCAAGGUCAGUUACUAAUCAGCGGGCUUCACUGGUGUGAUUUUGUGGUGUGGGCUCAGGAGGAUUUUUUUGUGGAGCGGGUUUAUAUGGAUGCAGAUGUACAGAGACAAAUUCCUGAGAAGACAGAUUUAUUUUACUUCUACACAUAUAUGACAAAAUAUCUGUCAUUGAAAUGUUAACAUGUUCUAUACAGAAAUUACAAUCUUUUUUAAAUCAUAUGUUCACUUAUUUAACAGUAUUUGUGCUUUUGUUAAACAGCACAUUGUGUUUUUAAUGUAAAGA